AUGUGUGUGGUGCGUCUGUGCUUACCCGCCUCCUUCACGACCGUUGACGCAGAGCGAUGGAACUCGACCUUCCAACGCACCAAGCCCCAUUUGAACAUUGGCACCAUUGGCCACGUUGAUCACGGCAAGACCACCCUCACUGCUGCGAUCACCAAGGUCCUUGCUGAGGCCGGCGGCGCCAAGUUCCGUGACUAUGCCUCGAUCGACAAGGCUCCCGAGGAGCGUGCCCGUGGUAUCACCAUCUCGACCACCCACGUCGAGUACGAGACCCAGAAGCGCCACUACGCCCACGUCGACUGCCCUGGUCACGCCGAUUACAUCAAGAACAUGAUUACUGGUGCCGCCCAGAUGGACGGUGCUAUCAUUGUCGUCUCCGCCACCGAUGGCUCCAUGCCCCAAACCCGUGAACAUCUGCUCCUGUCCAAACAAGUUGGCGUUAGCCACCUCGUUGUCUUUGUCAACAAGGUCGACGCUGUUGAGGACAAGGAAAUGCUCGAACUCGUUGAAAUGGAGAUCCGCGAUCUGCUUACCGAAUACGGCUUCCCCGGCGAAACCACCCCGAUCGUCAUGGGCUCGGCUCUCUGUGCCCUCGAGAACAAGCAGCCCGAGAUUGGCACCGAGGCCGUCCUGAAGCUCAUGGAUGCUGUUGACACCUGGAUCCCCGACCCCAUUCGCGACCUUGACAAGCCCUUCCUGAUGCCUAUCGAAGACGUCUUUUCGAUCGCCGGCCGUGGUACCGUCAGCACCGGCAGUGUCGAGCGCGGCUUCAUCACCAAGGGCUCUGAAAUCGAGAUCAUUGGCUUUGGCCCCACCAAGAAGACCACCAUCACCGGCGUUGAGAUGUUCCACAAGGAGCUUGAUCGUGCCCAGGCCGGCGACAAUGCCGGUCUCCUCCUCCGUUCGCUCAAGCGCGAAGAACUCCGCCGCGGCCAGGUCAUUGCUGCUCCCGGCUCCAUCACCCCCCACAAGAAGUUCCUGGCCCAGCUCUAUAUCCUCACCAAGGAGGAGGGUGGUCGCCACACCCCCUUCGUCGAGAACUACAAGCCUCAGCUCUAUGCCCGCACCAUGGAUGUUACCUGCACUCUCCUCUGGCCCGACAACGCCGAGGGCCAGCAGAAGCGCAACGAGGGCAAGAUGAUCAUGCCCGGCGACAACGUUGAGCUCCUCUGCGAGCUCAGCCAGAUUGUUGCUCUGGAUGAGGGUCUCCGUUUCACCAUCCGCGAGGGUGGCAAGACUGUCGGCACUGGUGUCGUCACCAAGAUCAUUGAGUAG